GGCCAGUAUUGCGCAACACUAAUUUGUAACUACUCUGACGAAAUGAUUCGUGUAGUGGGCGUGGCUGCAGGUGUGGGCGGGGUUAAAGCCCACCCCCAAAAACCCGUUCAGAGAGUCUUCCGGCGCUAAACAGUGUAUGAGCGAUGGCAGCAUCUCAACUCCUGGACGAACAAGAUGACAGAGACGGCGGCGACUUCCAUGUGAUGGUGAUGGUAGAGGAUAGGACAUGCCCCCAAAUCGGACGGUCACGCCCCUCUACGGACAUGCCCAGUAGCGGUCAGGUUGCAGACAAGCCAAACGACAGCAAGCCAACACGUUUGGCGCGGGGUUUCCGUAAAGCCUUGCGGAAAAACCAGGAUUACAUCCGCAUCACAAUCCCAAAAUCCAGCGUCUCUAGGCUGCCGUCGGAAUGGUGGAAGACGGGAAUCGCCUUCAUCUGGGCCGGUUUUAACCUCAUCCUUACGACUGUCAUGAUCACCAUCGUCCACGAGAGAGUCCCGGAUAAGUCCGUCAGCCCGCCAUUACCGGACAAGUUCUUUGAUUACAUGCCGCGCAUGGAGUGGGCGUUUUCCGUCACCGAGGUCAACGGAAUGAUCCUGGUGGCUCUGUGGUUCGUCCAAUGGCUCUUCCUCAAGCACAGAGCCAUCGUGGGCCGAAGGUUUUUCUUCCUGCAGGGAAUGUUGUAUUUGUACCGAAUGGUGACCAUGUACGUCACAACUCUUCCGGUUCCCAGCAUGCACAUGGACUGCGCCCCGAAGCUCUACGGUGAUUCUCACGGCAAGAUCAAGCGAGUUUUGCAGUUGGUGUCUGGAGGAGGUUUGUCCAUCACAGGCUCCCAUCUCAUGUGUGGAGACUUUCUGUACAGCGGCCACACGGUCAUGCUCACCCUCACCUUCCUCUUCAUCCAGGAAUACUCGCCCCGCUCACUGUUUUGGCGUUGCUAUCACGUGAUCUGCUGGUUACUAAGCGCAGUGGGCGCGGUCUGUAUCCUGAUAGCGCAUGAGCAUUACAGCGUGGAUGUAGUGGUGGCGUAUUUCAUCACCUCACGCCUCUUCUACUGGUACCACACCAUGGCCAACAACCAGGCAUUAAGAGGAUCUCCUCACAACUAUCUGAACCGAACGUGGUGGAACCUUGUGUUUAACUUCCUGGAGAAGAACGUUAAGACAACGGUUCCCUGCACGUUCUCAUGGCCCGUGUCGCUUCCGUCUGCGUGCUUCAAGAACCCGUGCAGGAGCUACUCAAAAGUGCAGAGCACUCGAGAUGAAUGACGCGAUCAAGUGUCAGACUGUGCAUUUGUUGGGUAACUAAAUCACUGUGACACAGUAGAAAUGUAAAUGCGAGUCUUCACCACAAAACACUAUCUGUGCAAAUUUAGGUCCUGUUUACUUGAAGUGCAGCACCUCAGAACUGUCUGAGAGCUUUUACAUGCUUUUGAUGGAAGAAAAUGUGUGGUUCCUGGUGGUUUGUCAGAGUUUAUAUCAGUAUCAACAUGCGUCAUUCUGCAGCAGGGAAAAGAGCAUUCAGUGUAUGUUCCUGAUAGUAUUUUGUCACAUCCUACUCAGACAUAAUUAAGAUGUUUAUAUUUAUGUUUCUCAAUGAAGGAUUGAAAAGUUGUAUAGUUUUUAAUUUAUGUUCAUUGCCUGUGAAAGAAAUGUUUUAUGAAGGUUACAAAAUAAAUACUAUUUUCUUUAGUUCUUGAACUUAAGUCUUAUUUCACUUUCUAUUGUUUGUGUUGUUUACUUGUUCUUAUGUAUCUAUUUUUCUAGUUUAGUGCAGUUUAAAUUUUAAAACCGUGAAGUCAUGCUGAUUUGUGGGGAAAAAUAUUGAGCCUAUGCAUGUGUGGGCCUAUGUGACAAACAAGUUUGACUUUGAUACAGUCUGAACUGCAAAGGGACAUGCAAUACUCUGCUCAAAACCACAUUGUGCCAAUUCUUAUACAGUUUUAGGACGCUUUUAAACAAUGUACUAAAAGUUGAAAAGCUUCUUGUACAGAUGACAUUGUCAAAAUGGUCCCUGUUCACAGAUCCACGAAAACAUUAUACAUGCCAGGCCAGUAGUUGGCGAUGCCACUUUGUAAAGAAACACUACAUGCCUGCACACAUGUAAAUAAUCUCUGCUGGUUGGAGUAGUGGUUUAAGUCUACACUUUGAAGCAUUAAUAAACUCAAUAUCUUUAGCAGCACAAACACAGUCCUGUAGUCCACCAAUGUCUUGGUUGUCAAGUACUCAUGCGGUUGUCAGAGUUCACAAAUUUGCAUCUUUGCACUUUGAAGCCAGUUUUCAAGCUCCAAAACACCAUUGUCAUGUGAAUGAACUGCCAAGAUGCACACAUUUUGAUUUGAUUAUAACUUUCAUUCAAAUAGCCCCUUAGAAUAGAGAUUACAAGGAAUAUGAAAGUAAACUGACAUUUAUCAUGGCAUGAAAUCACCUUGUUGGAAUGGUUUUGAACACUGUUACAGAACAAAGGCUGUAUUAGAUGUCAAUUAGGAGACAUUGUGCAAAAGAUU